GAACAUUACACUACAAUAAUGCAAUUCACAUAAUUUCAAUCCUCCAUACACAACUGCCCCUCUUUACAUAUAAACUUUAUCCACCCAAAACCAUUACAACCUCUGCUUUCUCCUCAACAAAAACACCAUUCCACAUUUUUCAUGACAACUCAAACACAAACAGAGACCUCAUGGCCGGAACUCAUGGGCAGCAAAGACUGGCAAGGCCUUCUCAACCCCCUGGACCUCAGCCUCCGCCACCUCAUUCUCCGCUGCGGCGACUUCUGCCAAGCCACUUACGACGCCUUCAACAACGACGAGAAUUCCAAGUACUGCGGCAGCAGCCGCUACGGCAAAAAGGACUUUUUUCAGAAAGUCAUGCUCACAAAUGCGUCUCAAUAUCAAGUCGCCUGCUUCCUCUACGCCACUGCUAAGGUUAGCAGCGGCCAGGCCUUCCUCCUCCGGUCCCGGUCCCGCGAAGCGUGGGACCGGGAGUCGAAUUGGAUCGGAUACAUAGCCACCACUACUGAUGAGGCCAGUGCCGCCUUAGGCCGGCGGGAAAUCUACGUGGCCUGGAGGGGGACCACACGGGACUACGAGUGGAUCAAUGUGUUUGAUCCCAAGCCUGCCUCCGCUAGGCCGUUGCUGAGCCAGAAGAAUCAGGAGCUGAGUGGUGGAAAUGCUAGUAGUAGUAGUGAUGAGGAUGAUGAUCUGCCGAAAGUGAUGCAGGGUUGGCUGACGAUUUACAAUUCAGACGAUCCGAAUUCUCAGUUCACGAAACUGAGUGCCAGAGCACAGCUUAUGAGCAAGAUCACGCAGUUACUGAAAAAAUAUGAAGGUGAAAAUGUGAGCAUCACUUUUGCAGGACACAGUCUUGGUGCCAGUUUAUCCGUGGUAUCCGCCUUUGAUUUGGCUGAAAACGGUGUUACUGUGCCUAUUUCUGCAUUCAUUUUUGGUUCUCCGCAAGUUGGGGACAAACGUUUUAAUGAUAAACUAAAAGAGUUUGCAAAUGUGAAGAUUUUGCAUAUAAGGAAUAAGAUUGAUCUUAUUCCCUUGUAUCCCAGUAUUUUGCUCGGAUAUGUCAACACAGGUGUGGAGUUGUUGAUAGAUACCCGAAAAUCACCUAAUUUGAAAGACACAAAGAGCCCGGGUGACUGGCAUAAUUUGCAGACCAUGUUACAUAUUGUGGAUGGAUGGAAUGGGGACAAGGGAGAGUUCGAGUUGAAGGUGAAGAGAAGUCUGGCUCUGGUGAAUAAGUCAAGUGCAAUCCUGAAAGAGGAGUAUUUGAUUCCUGGGUCUUGGUGGGUUGAGAAGAACAAAGGGAUGACUAUUGAUGAGAAUGGAGAAUGGGGUUUUGCACCCCCUGCAGACGAGGAUUUGCCUGUCCCUGAAUUCUGACCAUUCAAUAAUAAUCUGUUGUGAAUUUUUAAGUUGUGCUUCUGUAAGGUGUGAUUUCCUUUCCUGUUUACUUUGUGUUUGUGUUUCUAAUAAUGCCUUUACAUAUCUUAAUUCA